ACUUAUAAGCGCUAACAACGUGCAAUUGUUAUCGAUAGUUUUGUCAGCUCACAAUUUUAUUUAUUUGAUUCCUUAUUCCUAAGAAAUAAACGAAAAAAUUAUAUUUCGUUAAGUUAAGGACGGAAAAUAUAACUGGCUGCCAUAAGCUUAUUAUAAAAUACAAUGGAUGGCUCGGAAGAUGCAUCCCAAAUGGAAAUCAACCUCUCCAAUAAAAACGCGAACUCCCAAAUAGUGUUAAACGAUCUUCGACUUCUCGAACUAAUCUAUAUGUAUCCGUUUCUAUUCAGCAAAGCGGUGCAUCCCCAGAAUGACAAAGACUAUGAAGAAUGGGGCUGGGGGGAAAUAGUGAAGGCAUUCAAUUUAGGCUACGACGGCUUAAAGCUCUCCGCGCCCUUUUCCGUUGAGGAGCUCAAGUGGCGUUGGGACAUUCUGCGGCCCAUAGUCCCAUCGCUCGGUAAAGCGUGCGGCCAAAUCCCGAGCUCCCUUUGGCAUAUUGUUGGCAAAAUAAACCGAUUGAUGGACGUGAAGCCGCCGGCAAAUAUCAAGAAGCCUACUUGGACGCAACAGUUUAUACUCGAUCAGCUGCCGUUUGUCGAGCAGCUGUCGAAGGCGCACCAGAGGCAGUUGGAGGUUGAGGUACUGGAUGCCAUAUUCUGUGAAGAGCGGGAGGUGCGUUUAGUUUGCAAGGGCCUCGGCGUAAAGGAGCAGAAAAUUGUGCAAGGCGAGUACGAUGCUUUCCUAAAGGCGAUACGCGUCAAAGAGCUGCCCACACGCGUCAGCUCUCGCGGGAGCUCCGUUAGCAGUACCGCCGGCAGCAAUCCGGACAGUUCUGCAGCUGCGACAAAUGUUGCCAAUAGUCGUCCCAGUAAUCUCGUCAUCAGCGAUGUACGCGGCAACAGCGAACCACAGCCUGAGCCAACAAUCCCGACUAAAUCACCGCUGGUCAUAAAAGACGAGCCACCAGAUCAGCUUGAGGUAGAGCAGCAGAAGCAGCAGUCGAAACAGUCGCCAGUCAAAGAAGUUGAUCUAAGGCUGCGAUAUGUGCCGAUCAAGAGCGCCAAGUACUAUGUGAAGAAGGUGCAGGUGAGACUGAAGCGCUUGGACCUCGCCGACUAUAUGCCGUUGUCGGUUGUGAGGAAGACCCGCAACAGGAGCUCCUGACUGCGUUUGGCAACUAUUCAUUUCCGAAACAGAUGGGCCUGCGACAUGCAUCUAGCUGAGCUGGUGGCUGGCUAUUUAAAAAAAAAAAACGACACGCACACACGCUGCUCGGCGGAGCGACUGCAGCAGUCCCAGCGCCUGGAUAGCACUGUUGUCCCUAGGAUGUGGCCUCAGGCGCUGAGCUGCUGGGACGUAGCGCGCAAGGAACUUGGCUACUUGUACAUUGCAUUUUGUUCUACUUUGUUUUGUAAUCGCAUUUGUGUUUAUUAUUAACAAGAGUCACAAGAACGUAAUUCAACAUGUCUACAAAAUACAGUCCAUGGUAAAAAAAAGCGCAGCACUAACAAGACUAACUAACAAACAACAAAGCCACAAU